AUGUCACACCUGAGCCACAACAGGGCUGGACACCGUGGCUGCGGUCUACGACUUACCUGGAACCUGCUGGCUGCACACCUCACAACAUGGGGAGGCGGCCGAUCCCUCGGUCCGGCAACGCAUGGGGACGAUGCAAGACGAGUGACAGCCCCGCUACUCCCCCCCCGUACCAUCGGGGGUGAUCGCGGUCUAACCCUGGGAGGCAAACCUGAAGCGGUGGGGGCGCAGGGUGAAGCCAACUCCACAAACCAACAAUCCAGCGGAUGCCACGUUCCUCCCUGACCCCACUGACUCCCACCAGGGACUCUCACAAAAACUAGACGCACUGCUGACCAAUUUUUGGUGCAAAAUAGAGGGCAGAACACAAUCACUCGCCCCAUAUCAACCAAACUGCCACCCCACCAAAAGACUGACUCCAAACAGGAGGAAAGCUCCAAAGGCCCUACCUGCAGGACAGGCCUCAUCAUGGCGGCAGACCAACAAGAAUAAGAGGCGGAGACAAUACAUGCAACGACACCGGGGUCUCCAUGCACAGGGGAGAAAUAUAACAAUGUACACUCAUCCACUCUACACGGCGGUGACCGGGCCCAAAAGCUUGCAACGUCCUGGUCCACUGCAGAUCCGAACCCGACCAACAGACCUGCCCCUGCUCCUGAAGUCCGGGCAAAAGAACCCGCACAACCUGGCUGAGAGGCAGAAACGACGGACACCUGUGGGGGGAGAUGGCAGAACGGGAUACCAGCCAGAACACCCACUCCUGCCGGAGACACUGCACAACAUAUCGGCAUGCUCCAGGCGCUUUCCGAUGAUGGGAGUCGGCUGA